CCCAAGUCAGGCCUGAGACAAGGGUCACACAAUGCAAAGAAGGCUGAGAAAAUAAGUAUCACUUCAGUGUAGCAAUGUCCCAAAUACUUGAUUUGGUCCCAUGGCCAAAAGAUGGCCAUAAUAUCUGUGCCAUCCCUGCUGUUCUCCUGCCCGUGGAGCCAAGGACUUCCAGACUGGCUGGAGUAAAGGACAGGCUUUACCACCCAGCCCUGCCAACCUUACGUCAGAUGGACAUGGACACGGCAAUGAACAAACUCCCUGAUGAACAUUCCCGGACAGCCACUGCAUGCACCAAAGAGGAUUUCAACAAUUCAACGUUCACAUUGGUGGGAGUUCCCAACAUGCGCCUCCCAAGCCUGGGGAUGACAGAAUUGGGAAGGUCACUGACUGCAAAGUACCAAGCCAGGAAGAUGGCUCCUUUCCUCCCUGGCACUGGCCAGGAUGAAUGGCCAAGCUACACAUGUGCAAUGGAUGACUGGUCACGAUUUGUCUCUUCUGCUGGAGAGUUCAGGCUGCCCAGCAUCAAUAAGAAAGUGCUUGGGUUCAGUUAUUAUGCUGUUAGAUAUCUAAAGCCUGAAGUCACACAGACAUGGAGGUACUGCCUCAAUCAGAACCCCAGCCUGGAUCAAUAUGGUCAGAAGCCCAACCCUUACACCAGCAACAACAUAUUUAGGAGCUUUGGGACAGCAUACAGAGUCAAGGAUUUUGGUACAAGUGCUUCUCUGCCUGCAGACCAGGAUAAUCUCAGGCAAGUCAUGCCUCCCUGCCAUGUCUUCAGUUUCCCUUCUACGUGACAUAGGUAAUGGCCUCUAUUUUAUCAAAAUGCUUUCAGAUCAAUAGAUACAAGGCACUCUACAGUCGUAAGAAAGAACUGUUUAGAAGGAGAUCAUGGGAGAGGUCUGAA